AUGCCAACUACUCCAGCUACUCCAGUUACAUUAGAGACAGAUGAGUCAGCAGAGCUCACCGAGGUUGUAAUCGAGCAAACACAGGUUGACAAGGGUAAGGAGAAGGAAGGUGAACAACUCCCAGAACAGGUAGUAGAAAAAGCUUCCAGCAAAGAAAAGACACAAAAUAGUGGGCAGAGGUUGAUUCCUGCACCAUUCCCUCAGAGGUUGGAAAAGCAAAAGAAUGAUGAUCCAUAUAGGAAAUUCAUGGAAAUGCUCAAACAAAUUCAAUUGAGUAUUCCACUGCUAGAUGCUUUGAGGGAAAUGCUAGUGACGAGGCCUAUGGCUCAAAAGGUAUUUGAUCCAGUUAGUUUCACUAUCCCAUGCACCAUUGGGAGAUAUGCUUUUGCUAAAGCAUUGUGUGACUUAGGAGCUAGUAUAAACUUGAUGCCCUUGGCAAUCUAUAGAAAACUGGGCAUUGGCAGAGGUAGUCCGACCUCAAUAUUGCUGCAACUGGCUCAUCGCACAGUCAAAAGACCUAUAGGAGUUCUUGAUGAUGUUUUUGUUCAAGUGGGGAAAUUUGUAUUCCCUGCAGACUUUGCCAUUCUUGACUGUCAAGUGUAUAAAGAGAUACCAAUCAUUUUGGGCAGGCCAUUUUUAGCCACUGGGAGGGCAUUGAUUGAUUAUGAGACUGGAGAAUUGAAAAUGAGGUUGAACAAUGAACAGAUAAUAUUCGAUGUUCAACAAUCUAUGAGGAGACCUAGCGAAUUUGAAAAUUGCUCACUAGUGGAGGCCGUAGAUGUAAUUCUACAAGAGGAGGAUGAGACUAUUAAUGUCAGGGAUCCGUUGGAAGCCUGCUUGAUGAAUCUGGAAAAUGUGGAUGGUGAGGAGUUGGCAGAGUAG